AUGCCAGUCGAAAUCGUCCUCAACACGCCUCUGGCCGAUGCCCUGAGCACAGCCAUCCAGCCCAAGCUGGUCGAGGUCGGUUGGGGAUCUGGUGGCUCCGAUGACGCCGCCCUCGCCGAAUACAUCAUUCUCAUGCUGGUCAACGGCAAGACCCAGCAGCAGAUUGCCGCCGAGCUCGCCGGAGAGCUACUGGGCCUGCCGCUUGACGAUCCCGUCGUCAUCGACUUCUCCAGAUGGCUGUUUGAGCAAAUCGACCUUCUCGGCGCGCAGAUGACGAGUGGCGAGUCCGCGGGCGGCGAAGCCACAACCGACCCGCCCCAAGAUGCGGCUCUUUCCGGUGAUAUGGAUACCGACAUGAAUGCCAGCGAAACAUCUGAACUGAAAGCACCCACGGGGCCUCGCUCGAUGCGCAACGGAAACGCCCGUGGCGGAAGAGAUAAGCGCCUGCUUGGCCACAUGCACAAGGCUAUGGAUCGCUCCGGUGACAACGUCCUGCAUCGAACUCGGGGCAACGACAGAAUUAACACCCUCGGCCGCGCUCCCCCAACUGGCCCGAGGACUGGCCCGGGCCGGCUACCGCGGCACAACAAUAACCGCGCCGCCAACGUGCAAGCUGGGCUGGCCGCGGGAGGACCUCAGGGACUUGGCUGGAUGAUGCACGGACCACAGCCCAACCAGAUGGAGCUCAUGGCCAUGCUGGAGCAGCAAAACCAGAUGAUGUUUCAGCUCUCGCAACAGUUGAUGCAGGGCGGCGGGCCAAAUGGCGGACACGGGCAGCAACAGCGUGGCAAGUCGCUCUUCGACCGAGUCUCGGAACCCCACCACAAGAACAACUUUCGCAAGGGCCAGAACCAUCAUCAAGGCAAGGCGAAUGCCGAGGGGACGACGACAGAAGAGGGGCCAGCGGAUGGCGCGGAUGUCGAGAUGUCGGGCAGCAGGCGCGACGGCCCGAACCCUGAGGAGACGGUGUGCAGGUUCAACCUCAACUGCACAAACAAGGACUGCAAAUUUGCGCACCAGUCGCCGGCAGCGCCUCUGGGAGUGUCAGUCGACGUCAGCGACACGUGCAGCUAUGGGGUCGCCUGCAAGAACCGGAAGUGUGUCGCGCGGCAUCCGUCGCCCGCGACCAAGCUGGCGCACCAGAGCGAGCAAGCCUGCAAGUUCUUCCCUAACUGCCAGAACCUCCAUUGCCCGUUCAAACACCCGUCGAAGCCUCUCUGCCGGAACGGGCCCGACUGCUCGACGUCGGACUGUCCGUUUACUCACGUUAAGACCAAGUGUCGGUACAACCCUUGCCUCAACCCCAAAUGUGUGUUCACGCACGACGCGGGCCAGCAAGGAGGGUUCAGGGACAAGGUGUGGACUGCGGACUUUACGGGAGAACACGUCAGCGAGAGGAAGUUUGUGGACGACAAGGCGGCUGUUGAGCAAGUCAAGCCCGACGAGGAAAUGAAGAUGGAAAAGGCAGCGGCACAGUCCGAGAUGAUCGGUUAA